CUCGUUACUCACAUGUCCUCCGUUAUCGGCUUUAUCAUUGGACGGUCCGUAUAUAUAUGUAGGCCUACAGCACUCGUUGUAAGAAGUCGGUACAGAUCAGCCAUGACGCCAGCAGUCCUGAGCGAUCCCGCGCAAUUAUUCAGCGUAAAAGGCUUGGUCGCUGUAGUCACGGGCGGAGCCACAGGAAUCGGGCUCAUGCUGGCUACCGCACUCGAGACCAACGGUGCGACUGUAUACAUCGUAGGCCGACGUACGGAAGCGCUCGAAAAAGCUGUUAAGGAACACAGUAAUCAUGGCAAUCUGAUACCACUUCAAGGCGACGUCUCGUCAAAGGAAUCCUUGAGGGCCAUGGCUGACAUCGUCAAGGCAAGAAGCGGCUACGUCAAUCUCCUCAUCAACAACGCAGGAGUGAGCCUCGCGCACCAGCCGAAGCUGCCCACGCCCUCUGAGGCGCACGGCGACAUCACGCAGCUGCAGACGCCGCUGUGGGAGACAGAGACGCUGGACAGCUUCCGGAAGACGAUCGAUGUGAACGUGGCGGCCGUGUGGUUCGGCACGGUCGCAUUCAUGGAGCUGCUCCAUGAAGGGAACAAGCGCACGUUGGCUGCGGGCGGCACUGGCGUGAGUAGCCAGGUGCUCACCAUUAGCAGCAUCGCGGCGUACAGGAAGGACAGCGCCGUGUUCAGCCUGAGCUAUACCGUGAGCAAGGCCGCCGUGACGCACCUCGGGAAGAUGAUGGCGCACUACUUGAAGGACUGGAAGAUACGGAGCAACGUCAUAUGUCCGGGACUCUUCCCGUCAGAGAUGAUUGACGAGAUGGAUGAGGCAGUGAAGAAGGUACUGGAAGCGUCGAUUGUCCUGAAGCGUGUGGGAACGACGGAUGAUAUGACCGGUCUUGUGCUCUUCCUCGCAAGCAAGGCGGGGUCAUACAUCGACGGAGGCGUACUCUCUAUAGACGGAGGAAGGCUAGUGCAGAUACCUACCACCGCUUGAGGAUGGCUAUGAAGACAAUGGCCGGAUACUACGCGAGCCUUAGGUAUCACCACUGGCAUGCAUCGCAGAUGUGUACAAUUCAAGAGGGUCCUGCCAAUGCGACCCUUAUUAUUCUUUCGCUCUUCUAACUGCGAAGAUUCCCAUGCAACAUUCUCUUCUGCUGACUAUUAUAGGUGCCAGUGUGCCAACGCCGGGCAUGGGACGUAUCAGAUUGAAGUGGAGAGGACGGUGUGGCACCAUUUGAAUAACCGAACCUUGUAUUUGUAUAAUUCGUUGCGUUUGUCCUCACAAGGAGAUGACAAGGAGAUGAUAUAGCAGCUUGAUUAUUAG